UAGAGAAUAUGCUUUUGAUGAAAAACCAACUCUCCCGGGGCGAAAGAUACCGAAUGAAGUUUUCGUUACAUCACUGGUUCGCUCCGUUGCAGUAUUUUUCUUGGUCGCUUCUAGAUACAUUUCUUGCUCAAGGGCCAAGGCCGGUUAUCCAUUUUAUUUAUUAGCUUUUGCCUAUUGCUUUGUGGAAUAGGGCGCUGUACCCAUGAGUUCGUCUUUACCUGAUGCUUUCCAAGAUUCGCAGGAAAUAAUGAUGGAGUUCCGUGCCGGUAAAAUGUUUCUCGAGGGGAGAAAGGUUUGCCCAGACACACGUAAAGGGCUUAUUCGCAUUGUUAAGGGUGAGGAGGGAUUAGUCCACUUUCAGUGGCUUGAUCGGAUUCAAAAUGUUGUUGAAGAUGAUCAAAUAAUUUUCCCCAAUGAGGCUGUAUUUGAGAAGGUUAAUCAAGCACCUGGAAGGGUUUACAUAUUGAAGUUCAAUAGCGAUGACAGGAAGUUUUUCUUCUGGAUGCAGGAGCCAAAUGCUGACAGUGACUCACAGCUGUGUAACUCAGUGAAUGAUCACUUAAACAGGCCGUUAGAGUUCCUUGGUGAAGAAGAGCCUGAUGCAUCUGUUCCUCUUCAAAGUUUUGAAGAUAUGGCUGAUGAUGGCCUCUCAUCCAGAGCUGGAACUGUGGUUGGCUUGAAUUCCGGCACUGAAGCAACUAGCAAUUUGACAUCUUCUGGUCCAGUAAAAUUGGAAGAUCUUCGGAGGAUAUUGAAUAACAUUGGACCUGCAGACAGUAUUGGCGAUCCAGAUGGAGGCUUGGGGCUUGAGGAUAUAUUGAAGCCUGAGUUAGUAAUGCCAUUAAUUGAGACACUACCGAUUGAGCAGUGCUUAGCACCUUACUUGCCAGAGGGUCAGUGGUCUCCGGAAGAUAUAUUGGAGUUGUUGCAGAGCCCACCUUUUCGUCAGCAAGUAGAUUCAUUUACUUAUGUACUUCGGACAGGUCAGAUUGAUUUGUCUCAGUUUGGAAUUGAUCCAAGUAAAUACAAGUUUACAGUUUUAUCUUUCCUGGAGGCUCUUGAGGAUUCUGUUUCUAGGACAUUAGGCCCCGAGGAGGCAAGGUCAGAUGAUCUAAAUUCCAGAUCUCAAUCGUGCAAUCGUAAUGACCCUAUGGAUGAAUCUUAGGAGUGAGGUUCUUUAAGCAUCUUGUUUUUCCUUUUUUUUUUUUUAACCACAGAUAGAUACUUUGUAUUACUGAUGGACAUAUUUCUGCUUACAAGAGAAGGAAAAGAGAAGAAUGAGAGAUUGAUGUAAUUUAAUUUGGAUUUUUUCUGGUUGUAGAGAACAAUAAAUUCCAAGUUGUUUCUUUCUUCGUUCAUAGUUUUCAUAA